AUGAACGUCGAAAAAAAUAUGCACGGGGUGGACGACGAAUUUUUAGAAAACAUCAGUAUUCUAUACGGUCUCACCAACCACGCGACCGUGAUUAACAACGGGAACAGGAAAAACCUUUCAAGAACCUCGACGAGGGACAUGGUGUUUUUUCAAAACCGUCUAAAGACCUACGAAACCUGGACUUUGGGUAAACGCGGACCGUCUCCCGAAGACUUGGCCGAAGCCGGUCUCUAUUACACCGGUUACGAGGACCGUGUAUCGUGUUAUUUCUGCUGCAAGAUUUUCGGCCGGUGGGGACACGACGACGUGCCGCUACCAUUUCAAAGAUGA